AUGGCUCAACAGCCCCACGAUAUGACUUACCUCGAUUAUGGUACGGCGACCAACCGGUCGCCUAGCUCCUCGAGGCAAAAUUAUGGCUUUGCCCCUGGCCUGUCCAUGCCCCGACAGACGCAGCGACCCUUUGAUGCACCUCUGCCUUCAAACAACCUUUACUCCUCCGAUAGGCUGGCCAGUAGCUAUGGAAGCCGAGCUAUGGACACCAUUGGCGGCGGCGGUGCCAUGCCUGGAUACAUGAUGGAUAACGGCCAAACAUGGAAUUACAACGGCGCCAAUGUGGCUACCGUCGGAGGCAACGUGCAUGGCUCACAGAGGCAGCGAAGCGUUAACCGCCGAGCUGCUUUGCCGACUAACUGGACCGAACAUGGCGGAAUGGGCAUGCCCAACCUUCAAUCUUACUCGAAUGGCCUUGCCGGCGCCCCCAUGUCAAACGGUGGUCUCCGCGUUGAUGCUCCUGGAUCUCACCCAUCCCCAAAUAGCCUUCAGUCUGUCGGAAACGACGCCGACCAACUCAUUCCUACUGCCAUUGUUAUCAAGAAUAUCCCAUUCGCCGUGCGCAAAGAAACUCUUGCUUCGAUUAUGCUGGAUAUGCAUCUCCCCCAGCCCUAUGCCUUCAACUACCACUUUGACAAUGGAGUGUUCAGAGGGCUCGCGUUUGCCAACUUCCAGUCCGCUGAAGAUACUCGUGUCGUCAUUGAGGCGAUGAAUGGAAUGGACGUUCAUGGCCGAAAGCUGCGAGUCGAGUACAAGAAGAUGCUUCCCGAGGCUGAGCGUGAGCGUAUCGAGCGAGAAAAGAGGGAGCGCCGAGGUCAGCUGGAGGAGCAGCACCGCGCCCCUAUUCUGCAUAACCAGAGCUCGAUUCAGAGUCUGGGUGGAAUGUCCCAGGCUCAGGCGCGCACCGCUUCUGUCGCCCCUACCUCCGCUAUCUCUCAUCUCGGUAGGAUUUUUACGCACACAUCAUUUAUUAGACGAUUUACUGACAAGGAAACCCUAGGCGACAUUGAUCUGAACGACCCCCAGACCCUUGAGUUCUACACCGAACUUGUCAUGUUCCGCAGAGAUGAUACUCGUGAAAUUUUAGUGUUUCCUCCUGGAAUUGCCCCCGAGCACCGCCGGUCUAUUCACAUUCUCGCUCAUCACAUGGGGCUUGAGCACCAGUCCAUCGGUGAGGCUGAUUCCCGACAACUAACUGUGCUCAAGCGACGACAGCCCUCCCCUACCGCCGAUCUUCAUACGCCCCCUGCCAGCAGCUUGGAUGUUCACAAGCGUGGCUUGAGCCGGGCUGCCACAUUCGACUUUGCCGCCGACCGAGAGUCUCGAGCGGCCAGCAACAAUUAUGCUCAUCUUGUUGGUCGACAUGGGCCUACUCUUGAACUUCCCGGUAGCCCAGAUGGGGCUGGAAUUCCCAACAACCUGCGAGCUGCCAAGAGCUUUGCCGACCUACGCUCGUUCACUCCUAGCCCCUCUCAGGCGUCAUCAAGCUACCUGGCCCCUGGUAGCGGACUGAGCGGUAUUGCGCCUGCGUCGACUGCCCGAUUUGGUGACUUUCUCAGCAACGGUAGCCAAUCUCAGAGUGGAAAUCCUAGCACCCCCGGUGCAAAGAAUGACAAUGGCCUUGUCAGCGGCCUCAGCGGAUUGAGCUUGUCUCCUUUUGAGGCGAGCGGGCUGCAGCCCCAGGCACGUAACACUCCUGGUGCUAUUGGCAGCCAACGACCCAGCGCCAACGGCAACGGUACUACCAAGGGUGCCCCUGAGCGACAGCCGCGUGGCCCAGAGUGGGAGACCUCGAACGGCUUUGGUCGUACUCGGGCCAAUGGCCACAUGCAACGCGGUAGUGAUUCCUCGGACAAUGGAGCUCGCGUUGGCACCAGCUCCACUAAUGCUUCACGAUAUCACUAA